UUUAUUUGCUGGAGACUGCAGUGCGAGAAAAAUCUGUUAUCGUUGAGCCCACUGCAAUGGAUGGCGUCGGCAGCCAUUGCUGCAGUUCUCGAUGCACCUUCUUCUUCAGAAGUUCUUCACUUCCGAGGCUAGGUUUAUUCAGUCGCAGGGUUCGUUUUGAUCGAUCGGGGAGAUUCAACUAUCCUUCUUGUCGCAUCACUUGUACUGUCUCUGCUUCCGCUUCUUCCACCAUAGAGGAACAGCGGAAGAGUAAGGGUGAUGAUAAAUCGGGUAAGACGGUGAAAUUGAAUUUGAGAUUGGAUCACCAAGUUGAGUUCGGAGAGCAUGUCUCCAUUUUCGGUUCAAGCGAAGAGAUAGGAUCAUGGAAGAAGAAAGUGCCUCUCGCUUGGACAGAGAAUGGAUGGGUUUGUGAGCUGGAGCUGUCUGGAGGGCAGGUUUUGGAGUAUAAGUUCGUGAUUGUCCGAAAAGAUGGAUCUCUCGCGUGGGAAUCCGGCGACAACCGUGUUCUUCAGCUUCCAAAUUCCGGUAGUUUUUCUGUUUCUUGUCGCUGGGAUGCCACCAGAGAGCCCCUUGAUUUACCCCAGGAGGCUGCGGCGGAUGAUGAUGAUGAUGAUGAUAAUGAGCAAGAUGGGCAUGACGAAGUUGAUUAUACUGUGAACAAUGAUGGAGUACAGCAGCUUGAGAAAAGCUCAUUGGCAGGACAAUGGCAAGGCAAGGACGUGUCUUUCAUGCGAUCCAAUGAGCAUCGCAACAGGGAAGUCGAUCGAAUUUGGGACACCACUGGUCUUGAAGGGUCGGCUCUCAAAUUAGUGGAAGGUGAUCGAAAUGCUAGAAACUGGUGGCGAAAGCUUGAAGUAGUACGUGAACUUAUUGUUGGGAGUAUCGAGAGGAAGGAACGGUUGGAAGCGCUCAUAUACUCUGCCAUUUAUUUAAAGUGGAUAAAUACGGGUCAGAUUCCUUGCUUUGAGGAUGGAAGCCAUUAUCGUCCAAAUCGGCAUGCUGAGAUUUCCAGGCUUAUAUUCCGUGAAUUAGAGCACAUUUGCUGCACGAAAGAUGCUUCAGCCGAGGAAGUACUUGUGGCUCGGAAAAUUCAUCCAUGUUUGCCGUCUUUUAAGGCAGAAUUCACUGUAUCUGUUCCUCUAACACGAAUUAGGGACAUUGCCCAUCGCGGUGAUAUUCCUCAUGAUCUCAAGCAAGAAAUCAAGCAUACCAUACAAAACAAGCUUCACCGAAAUGCUGGCCCAGAAGAUCUAAUUGCGACAGAAGCGAUGCUAGAAAGAAUUACCAAGAACCCUGGAGAAUACAGUGCGGACUUUGUGGAGCAGUUCAGAAUAUUCCAUAAUGAGCUUAAGGAUUUCUUCAAUGCUGGAAGCCUCACUGAGCAACUUGAUUCCGUUCGAGCAUCUAUGGAUGAGAGAGGUCUUUCUGCUCUUAAUUUGUUUUCAGAAUGCAAAAUGCGCCUUGAUUCGUUGGGAGACUCGGCUGAUGUUCUGGAGUUGAUCAAAAUAAUGCAAUCCCUGAAUUCUCUGAGAGAAGCAAUUGUGAAGGGACUUGAAAGUGGCUUACGAAAUGAUGCUUCGGAUGCUGCCAUUGCAAUGCGACAGAAGUGGCGCCUCUGUGAGAUUGGCCUGGAGGACUACUUUUUUGUUCUCCUAAGCAGAUUCCUCAAUGCUCUUGAAAUAAUGGGAGGGUCUCGUCGAGUUGCAGAAGAUGUGGAAUCAAAAAAUGUUAGCUCCUGGAAUGACCCACUUGAUGCUCUGAUUUUGGGCAUUCGUCAAGUAGGUUUAUCUGGUUGGAAGCAAGAGGAAUGUGUAGCUAUCGGGAAUGAGCUCGUAGCCUGGAAAGAGAGAGGUCUACUUGAGAACGAAGGAGGAGAGGAUGGAAAAACCAUUUGGGCAUUGAGGCUGAAAGCUACACUUGAUAGAGCACGUAGGUUAACUGCGGAAUAUUCUGAUGCACUUCUUCAAAUAUUUCCUCCUAGUGUGAAGAUUCUAGGAAGAGCUUUUGGGAUUCCAGAGAAUAGUGUCAUGACCUAUACAGAAGCUGAAAUUCGCGCUGGUGUAAUUUUUCAGGUCUCAAAGCUCUGUACUUUUCUUCUGAAAGCUGUUAGAAAUUCACUUGGUUCUGAUGGCUGGGACAUCAUUGUUUCAGGAGCUACUUCCGGAACUUUAGUUCAGGUUGAAAGCAUCGUACCCGGGUCAUUGCCAUCAACUCCAAAAGGUCCUAUCAUUCUCAUGGUCAACAAAGCUGAUGGAGAUGAAGAGGUAAGCAUUGCCGGGAGCAACAUAACAGGAGUUAUCCUUCUGCAGGAAUUGCCUCAUUUGUCUCACCUCGGUGUUAGAGCACGUCAGGAAAAGGUUGUCUUUGUGACAUGUGACGAUGAUGACAAGGUUGCGGAUAUACAAAGGCUUGUGGGAAAGUUUUUGAGGUUGGAAGCUUCCCCAAGCCAUGUGAAUCUGAUACUUUCAUCUGAAGAUAGCAGUAUCCACUUGAAUGAGGAGAAGGAUAAGAAUGGUGACAGUUCACAUACUGCAGAUGAAAGGUCACGCCCUGUUUCCUCGUCCGCAGCGACUAUGUUUUCCUCAGACAAGGACCUCUCCGGUGGAGGAAUUAUAACACUCACAGAUGCAGAUCUCUCAACCUCUGGCGCGAAAGCCACUGCCUGUGGCCAUCUUGCAACUUUAGCUAGAGCUUCUGCUAAAGUGUAUAGUGAAGAAGGCGUGCCAGCAUCGUUUCUAGUCCCAGCUGGAAUCGUCAUACCUUUUGGCUCGAUGGAAUUGGCUAUAAAGCAAAGCAAUUCAGUGGAGAAGUUCGAAUCGUUACUCGAGGGGUUAGAAACUGCUAGACUGGAAGAUGGUGAACUUGAUGAUGUAUGCAAUCAAAUUCGUGAAGUGGUCGCAUCGUUGCAAGUGCCGAAAGAGAUGAUGAACGGUGUGGGAAAAGCUUUUCUCUCAGGUGCACGUCUGAUUGUGCGGUCGAGCGCUAAUGUCGAGGAUUUGGCCGGGAUGUCGGCUGCAGGGCUUUACGAGUCAAUCCCUAAUGUAAGCCCUUCGAACCCUUUGAUCUUCUCGAGGGCCGUGUGCCAAGUUUGGGCUUCUCUUUACACGAGACGAGCCGUUCUGAGCCGUAGAGCCGCCGGUUUGCGUCAAAAAGAAGCCACGAUGGCCAUUCUGGUUCAAGAAAUGCUUUCCCCCGAGCUCUCAUUCGUUCUGCACACCGUGAGCCCGUCAGAACCCGAGAGCGACAUCGUCGAAGCCGAAAUUGCCCCUGGCUCGGGCGAGACCUUAGCUUCGGGCACUAGAGGAACACCAUGGAGAAUCUCCUCGGGGAAAUUCAAUGGGACCGUGCGUACGCUCGCGUUCGGGAAUUUCAGCGAGGAGCUUCGGGUGUCGGGAACUGGUCUGGCCGACGGACAGUUGAUGCGCUUGACGGUAGACUACAGCAAGAAGCCAUUGACGGUGGAUGCAGUGUUCAGACAGCAACUCGGACAGCGACUCGGUGCUGUCGGGUUUUACCUCGAACGAAAGUUUGGGUGUGCACAGGAUGUUGAAGGAUGCGUAGUCGGUACCGACAUUUACAUUGUUCAGUCUCGACCGCAGCCUCUGUAAGGAACCAAAGCUUAGUUGGUACGGAGAUGUGCAUUUAAUCCGAAUUAUUAUGAUAUUUUUAUAAUCGAAAUAAAUAUAAAAAAUA